GUUGGCAUCAAUUGGUCCAUCCUGCCGGAGAUGGCUCCAGGGACUGCGGCGUGGGCAGCUGUGGGCGCAGUGUCCUUGGUCGCGCUAUAUGUGUAUGACUUGAUUUCGUCGCGGAAGCGAAGUGAGCCGCAAGACGAUGGUGGUUCAGCCUUUCGUGAUGGCCAUGGAGGACUCAUUGGCAACACGCCACUCGUCCUCAUUCCAAGCUUGUCCAAGGCCACGGGCUGCCGCAUCUUGGCGAAAGCAGAGUUCUUGAAUCCUGGUGGAAGCUCCAAGGACCGAGUGGCAAAAGGUAUAAUCGAAGAUGCCGAGGCGAGGCAGUUGUUGCAGGCGGGCGGGACGAUUGUUGAAGGAACGUCGGGCAGCACUGGCAUCAGCUUGGCGCUCUUGGCUCGAGCCAAGGGAUACAAGUGUUUGAUCGUGAUGCCAGACGACCAGGCGAAAGAGAAAGGCGAGCUGCUGCAAAAGUUUGGGGCUACCGUCGAAUUUGUCAAGCCGGCGUCUAUCGUGAAUGCCAAGCACUACGUGAAUCAAGCCCGGCGCCGCGCCAGCGAAAUUGCAGGGGGGUACUUCGCCGACCAAUUCGAGAACUUGGCCAACACAGAGAUCCAUUAUCGCACCACUGGUCGUGAGAUCUGGCAACAAACUCAAGGAACCCUAGAUGGAUUUGUCAUGUCUGCCGGAACUGGCGGCACCAUUGCGGGAGUCUCUCGCUACUUGAAAGAGCAGAACCCGGCCAUUCAAAUCGUGCUGGCCGACCCGCCAGGAUCGAGCCUGUACAACAAGGUCCGACACAACGUGUGCUACGCACCACAACAGUCUGAACGAACCGUCAAGCGCCACCGAUACGAUACGGUGGCCGAAGGUAUCGGCAUUGAUCGGCUUACGGCCAACUUUCUCCUGGCCAACAUUGACGACGCCUACGUCGUGUCGGAUGAGGAAGCUGUCAACAUGUCCCGCCAUCUCUUGGCGGAAGACGGCAUCUUUGUCGGCAGCUCCAGCGCCAUGAACUGCGUCGCUGCAGUCCGACUCGCCAAGAAACUCGGCCCUGGACACAUCAUCGUGACCAUCUUGUGUGAUUCGGGACAGCGCCACUUGACCAAGUUUUGGAACAACGACUAUUUGAAGUCGCAGUGGGACCUGGAAGCCACGGCAACAGACCUUUCCUUCUUAGACCACUCGACAGGGCAGCCGUAGACCUCCACGAUAACGUCACAGAACGCCGGCAAGAUGACCAACUGUGUCGUCAUUAAGAGAAGUCGCCAUGCCUGGACACACA